AAACAUGCGCGAAUUAAUUAAAGUUUAAAUUGGGCUGAAGAACAAAUUAGGCUGAUAAUUGAGGCCCAUAAUAAAGCCCAAAUCCCAUCACAAACACCUCUCUCUCUCUCUCUCUCUCUCCUUGCCGGGAAUAUGAUUCCGUGUUGAAUCUUCGUAACUGACGUGACGCAGAUCGUCUGAGAUUCAACUUCGUAAUCCCCGAUAUUGAAUCUCUCUGGCAGUGUAGGUUUUUCACACUUUUGAUCUGCGCAUUCGGUAGACGGGUAUCUGCAAUUUCGCACUGGAAGGAUUUUCCAGACAUGGGUUUUGAAGCGUUAGGACAAAAAUGUGAACUUGAUGUGUUUUUGUGAGAUUUUUGUGAGAUAUGUCCAGUAAGGUUUGGAGAUGGGUAUUAGGGUUGAUAUACAUAUUUGCCGUUGCUACGAUCUGGAUUGCUGCCAGUUUCGUAGUUCAGUCGGUGGUUGACGAAGGCGUGUCUCCGUUCUUGGUUACUUUCAUUUGCAAUUCGCUGUUUAUGAUUUAUCUUCCCAUUUUUGAGAUUGGACGGUAUUUGGAAGAUACCUACGGAAGCAUAUUGUUCUGGAGAAACAAUAGGAGUUCACAUUUGCCAGAAUCGGUAGAAUCGGAGAAGAGCGUUCUUCUUGGACAAGGCUAUGUGGGUGUAGCAUCGGAUGCACUUGAAGUGUCAAUGGCUGUAGGAGAAGAGAUGUGUAAUCAGAACAGUGAUGGAAUCGAGUCAAGAAUGGAGAAUAUAGAGCAUGAGGUUGAAAGUAGUGUCGAAGUGACUGGAAGUUGCAACAAAGGAUUGGACGAGAAAGGGCGUUGGACACGGGCGCGAGUGGCAAAAGUCAGUCUUUUGAUUUGUCCGUUUUGGUUCCUGGCUCAGCUUACUUUCAAUAUCUCUCUGAAGUACACGACACUGACGUCGAAUACCAUCUUAAGCAGUGCAUCGAGCCUGUUCACAUUUUUGGUAUCUCUAGUGUUCUUGGGCGAAAAGUUCACGUGGUUGAAACUCUUCAGCGUUCUUCUUUGCAUGUCUGGGACCAUAAUCGUCAGCUUGGGUGACUCGGAAUCCGACAAUGCCACAACAGCCAAAAACCCUCUUCUGGGUGAUAUUCUUUCUCUGGUCUCGGCAGCACUGUACGCUGCCUAUAUCACUCUCAUACGCAAAAAGCUGCCGGAUGGCGAAGAAAAGCCCGUGGCCGUCAGUAUGGCUCAAUUCCUAGGGUUUCUAGGUCUUUUCAAUUUCUUCAUUUUCCUCCCAGUCGCUCUCGUACUCCACUUCACAAAUCAAGAACGCUUCAACGUUCUAACUUGGAAACAGUUUGGUCUAGUUGUCGGUAAAGGGUUGCUAGACAACGUCCUUAGCGACUAUCUGUGGGCAAAGGCAGUUCUUCUGACAACAACGACCGUGGCAACGGCGGGGCUCCCCAUUCAGGUUCCAUUGGCAGCCAUUGUAGACACCUUAACGGGAACCAUCCCGACCCUAACCGAUUACAUUGGAGCUCUUGCUAUCAUGGUUGGUUUCGCCGGCAUCAACAUUCCGUCUGAUGCAAUUUUCAAAUCAGAUCAGACUGCCCUCCAGUUAGAGUCUAGGAUACCUAGUACGGAUCCUGGUCAGGUUGUGCCCGAAACUAGAACGGAAUCUUCAUAGAGUGAACAUACAAGAGCUUUUACAGUUGAUUUCUGUAAGUCAUUGAAUAUUGAAUAUAAGAAAUUGGAUACGUGACAAAUGCAAGAGCUUUUACAGUU